UUUGUCGCGCACUCUGUUCCAGACCCCCGCUUUCGCCAUCGGGCCGCGCGUCUUUGGGGAUGAAGGAGGCGGUAUCUCAUCAGGCGCCUAAAAUCAUCAAACAGCUGCAAUUCAGCUUGCUUGAUGCCCAGGAGACCGUCAAGUUAUCCGAGUUCGAAGUCACUCAUAGGGAUCUUUACACUGCGACGGAGCGACUGCCGGUGAAGGAUGGGGUUCUAGAUCGGCGCUUGGGUACUUCAGACAAGAGCGCGUUCUGCGAGACCUGUGGACAGUCGGCUGUGAAUUGUGUCGGACACUACGCCUACAUCAAGCUCACGCUUCCCGUAUUCCAUGUGGGAUUCUUCAAGCACACCAUCGCGGUCCUGCAAUGCAUCUGCAAGACAUGUGCGCGUGUGCUGCUUGACGAAACCGAUCGACGCGUCUACAUCAAACGAUUCCGACGGCCCAACCUCGAAAACAUCCAGCGGCAGGCCAUCUCCAAAGCAGUCAAUACGAUGGCUCGCAAAGUCGUGCACUGCCCGUACUGCGCCGCGACGAACGGGACUGUGAAGAAAGUCGGUCCGCUGAAGAUCAUCCACGACAAAUUCCGCGCGAAAAAGACUGCUCCCGAGUUGGAGGCAUUCAGAAAAACCUUUGCCACCGCUGUGGAAUUCCAGAAGGAUCUUUUGGUGCACGUGAAUAAACCGAUAUUUGAGGAUUUGAAUCCGCUGAAAGUCCUGGAUCUGUUCAAACGCAUAUCGGACGAGGAUUGUGAACUGCUCGGUCUUCGACCUGCGUUUGGACGGCCGGAGCAGUUUCUUUGGCAGUACUUGUCUGUUCCGCCAGUCUGCAUCCGGCCGUCUGUUGCCCAAGAUGGUGCUUCCACUGAAGACGACUUGACCGUCAAACUUGCUGAAAUUGUAUUCACAAGUGCCCUUCUCAAGCAGGGAGUCACCAAGGGGGCACCAACACAGUCCUUCAUGGAAACAUGGGACAACCUGCAAACCUCGGUUGCAUUGUACAUCAACUCGGAAACCCCCGGUCUCAACAAAGAAGCCAACGCGAAACCAAUACGUGGAUUUGUUCAACGACUGAAAGGAAAACAGGGCCGUUUCCGAGGCAACUUAUCUGGCAAACGAGUCGACUUUUCUGGCCGCACUGUUAUCUCCCCCGACCCCAAUCUCCGAAUCGACGAAGUCGCUGUUCCAGAACGUGUCGCCAAAGUGCUCACCUACCCAGAACGCGUCACCAACCACAACAUCGAGAAGUUGCGUGCCGCUGUGCGUAAUGGAACUGAGGUCCAUCCCGGCGCGAAUUAUGUUGCGCGAGGAGAGAACAAGAAGUACCUCAAGUUCGGCAAUCGUGCUAUGAUUGCGGAUGGUCUUGCUGUCGGUGAUGUCGUCGAGAGGCAUGUGAUCGAUGGCGAUGUCGUGCUCUUCAAUCGUCAGCCCAGUCUUCACAAACUGUCUAUCAUGUGUCAUCGAGCAAAAGUGCGGCCGUGGAGAUCAUUUCGAUUGAAUGAGUGUGUAUGCGGACCUUACAAUGCUGACUUCGAUGGUGAUGAGAUGAAUCUCCAUGUUCCACAAACCGAGGAAGCUCGUACGGAAGCACUCGAACUGAUGAGCGUCAAGAACAACCUGGUUACCCCACGCAACGGAGAACCCGUCAUCGCAGCCAUCCAGGACUUCAUUACCGCAUCGUUCCUGCUCUCCAGGAAAGACCAGUUCUUCGACCGACGGCAGUUCACCCAGAUUUGCUGUUAUCUCGCAGACGCCGACUUGCAGAUCGACAUCCCACCACCCACGAUAUGGAAACCGGUCCGACUCUGGACAGGCAAGCAGAUCUUCAAUGUGCUAAUGCGACCGAACAAGAACUCGAAGAUCCAGGUGAAUGUCGAGAGCAAGUGCCAUAAAUGGGAAGAGGCGAAACCGGAGAACUAUCCGGCUAUACCGAAAUUGGCGAACGACAUGUCGCCCAACGAUGGAUGGCUUGUCGUGGUGAACAGUGAGAUCAUGUGCGGGGUGAUGGACAAGGCGACGGUGGGAAGCGGAAAGAAGAAGUCUAUCUUUGGUGUGAUCAUGCGAGAUUAUGGUCCUCAUGAAGCUGCUGUGGCCAUGGGCAGGUUGGCAAAACUGUGUGCGCGCUAUCUGGCUAACUACGGAUUCUCACUGGGCAUCAACGAUGUCAUCCCUGGUCCAGAGCUUUCUCAGAUGAAGGACAUGCUCGUCGAGAAGGCCUACGCGGACUGUCAAGACGCCAUCCAACUCGCGAAGAAGGGGAAGCUCGAAAACAAGCCUGGCUGUAAUCAAGAGCAAACAUUGGAGGCACACAUCUCCCGCAUUCUCUCCGAUGUUCGUGAAAAAGUCGGCCAGAUCUGCAUGAGAGAGUUGAGUCGGCAGAAUGCGCCGCUGAUCAUGGCUACUUGUGGUUCCAAGGGCUCUGUCAUCAACGUGUCGCAGAUGGUGGCUUGUGUCGGACAGCAAAUUAUCGCUGGUCACCGUGUGCCGGAUGGUUUCCAAGACCGUUCUCUGCCGCACUUCCCGAAGAAAUCCAAAGAGCCGCCAUCAAAAGGAUUCGUGCGCAACAGCUUCUUUUCGGGACUGCGCGCGACCGAGUUUCUGUUCCAUGCCAUCUCUGGGCGAGAAGGUCUGGUUGACACGGCGGUCAAAACUGCGGAGACCGGUUACAUGCAACGUCGGCUCAUGAAGGCGCUGGAAGAUCUUACGACGCAGUAUGACUUGAGUGUGCGCAACUCGACUGGUGGUGUCGUGCAAUUCCGGUACGGUGAUGACGGACUAGACCCUGCGUGUCUGGAGGGUGACGCCCAGCCGAUUGAGUUUGACCGUGCUUGGAGUCAUGCGACGGCCAUGGGCUCACGUUCUGAACGAGGUCUGCUGCCUUACGAAGUGAUUGCGAUUGUCGACCGUGAGCUCGGCACGAAGAGGUUCACCAGCGAGUGUACCUCGGCAUAUCUGGCCACCAUUCGCGGGUACACGACCGACCGCAUCGCGCAGCGGAUGGCGAAAGUGCGGAGCAGCUGGGGGAUGUUUGAUGCUAUCCAGAAGGAGGACAGCUGGGACUCGACGACGGAUCUGAGCAUGGGUGCCUCGCUCGAGGAACGCGCCAUCGUAGACAACAAGAGCAAGGUGACCGAGUCGCAGCUGAUGAUCUUCCUCGAGCUGUGCUGGGUGAAGUACGUCAAGGCGCGCAUCGAGCCGGGAUCGACAGUCGGCGCUGUUGGUGCGCAGUCCAUCGGAGAGCCCGGGACUCAGAUGACCUUGAAGACGUUCCACUUUGCUGGCGUCGCGUCGAUGAACGUCACACUCGGAGUGCCUCGUAUCAAGGAGAUUAUCAACGCCUCCAAGACAAUCAGCACCCCGAUUAUCAGCUGCAAGCUUGUGACGAGCAACAGCGAGGCGUCGGCUCGCAUUGUGAAAGGCCGGCUGGAAAAGACGAUGCUAGGAGAUAUCGCCAGUGUUCUCGAGGAAGCCUGGGCACCAGAAUACACAUAUCUCGGGAUCAUCCUGGACAUGGAUGCGAUCCAGAAGUUGCAGCUGGAGAUGACGAUCGACGACGUCAAGUGGGCCAUUGUUGGCGCGAGAAAGCUGAAGGUCAAGCAAGAGACGAUCACUGUGAUUCCGCGCAAAAACCGGAUUCGCAUCUACGUGGAUGGGGAGGACAAGUACUACCGGCUGCGAGAGCUGAUGCGCGGGCUGCCCGAUGUUGUGGUCAAGGGUGUGAACACAAUCCAGCGGGCGGUCAUCAACAUCAAGGACAAGGACGAUGUGCGGGGCCGGAAAGGCGACAAGGAGCUACUGGUCGAAGGAUACGGCCUGCAGCAGUGCAUGGUGACAGAGGGUGUCGUAGGGGAGUACACGACGUCAAACCAUGUGAUCGAGGUCGCGAAGGUGCUCGGCAUCGAGGCUGCGCGGCGGACGAUCAUCAACGAGAUCCAAUACACCAUGAAGUCGCACGACAUGAUCAUCGACCCACGGCAUGUGAUGCUCUUGGGCGACGUGAUGUCGUACAAGGGCGAGGUGCUCGGAAUCACGCGGUUCGGUGUGGCCAAGAUGAAGGACAGCGUUCUCAUGCUUGCCUCGUUCGAGAAGACGACAGACCACUUGUUCGACGCCUCGGCCUACGGCAAGAACGACAGCAUCGCGGGUGUGUCAGAGAGCAUCAUCAUGGGCAACCCAGCGGCCAAUUGUGGAACCUCCAUGCCUGCUCUGUUCUCGGUCGCGCCGCGGAUAAGCAAGCCGCGCACAUUGUUGUUCGAAGGGGCGUUCUAGCAUCACAUCUGUACUUUACCAUUUUGAGAGUGGACAAAAGCAAUCCAACUCCUCAAUGCCAUCUAACAUUGCAAUCGAGAAGGGAAAGG